CUGGAGGUGCAGCAGUGCAGCUGUCCAGAGCGCCUGUGGUCCCUGCUGCCACCAUGGCCACCCACCGUCUUGUGAUGGUCCGGCAUGGCGAGAGCACCUGGAACCAGGAGAACCGUUUCUGUGGCUGGUUUGAUGCAGAGCUGAGUGAGAAGGGGGCCGAGGAGGCCAAGCGGGGAGCCAAAGCCAUCAAGGACGCCAAGAUGGAGUUUGACAUCUGCUACACCUCAGUGUUAAAGCGGGCCAUCCGCACCCUCUGGGCCAUCCUGGAUGGCACGGACCAGAUGUGGCUGCCUGUGGUACGCACCUGGCGCCUCAACGAGCGGCACUACGGGGGCCUCACAGGCCUCAACAAAGCAGAGACGGCCGCCAAGCACGGUGAGGAGCAGGUGAAGAUCUGGAGGCGCUCCUUUGACACCCCACCACCCCCCAUGGAUGAGAAGCACCCCUACUACAACCUCAUCAGCAAGGAACGUCGGUAUGCAGGCCUGAAGCCUGGGGAGCUGCCCACCUGUGAGAGCCUCAAGGACACCAUCGCAAGGGCCCUGCCCUUCUGGAAUGAGGAAAUCGCUCCCCAGAUCAAGGCUGGCAAGAGAGUGCUCAUCGCUGCCCAUGGGAACAGCUUGAGGGGCAUUGUCAAGCACUUGGAAGGGAUGUCAGACCAGGCCAUCAUGGAGCUGAACCUGCCCACAGGGAUCCCCAUCGUGUACGAGCUGGACCAGGCACUGAAACCCACCAAACCCAUGCAGUUCCUGGGUGACGAGGAGACAGUGCGGAAGGCAAUGGAGGCUGUGGCUGCCCAGGGCAAGGUCAAGUGAGGGGUGGGCUUGGGCAAUAAAGGUGCCUCUUCCACUG